GCGCCUGCGAGCCUCGGUGGCCGCGCUCCGGCUCCAGGAAGCCGGGGAGGGCGCGGCGGCCGGGAUGGCGCGGCGCGGGCCGCGCGGCUAGACGGGCGCUGAAGGAGCCGCCGGCCCGCGCCCUCAGUCCUUUCCCGGAGCCGGCUCCUCACGGGGCCGGGAGCGACCGCGCUCGGGGAGCCGUCUUCCCUCACGCCGGGCACCUGGACGCUUGCGGCGAGAUGCCCAACCCCAAAAACAGCAAAGGCGGCCGCAAAAACAAGCGCGCCAACAGCAGCGGAGACGAGCAGGAAAAUGGAGCCGGGGCCCUGCCUGAAUCUCUUAUCUCUCUCUUUGUUCCUGCUCCAGAAGCCCCCUGUGCCACGCCCCUGAUCUGCAGCUUCGGGAGGCCGGUGGACCUGGAGAAGGACGACUACCAGAAGGUGGUGUGCAACAACGAGCACUGCCCCUGCAGCCCCUGGAUGCACCUGCAGUGCUUCUAUGAGUGGGAGAGCAGCAUCCUGGUCCAGUUCAACUGCAUUGGCCGCGCACGCAGCUGGAACGAGAAGCAGUGCCGCCAGAACAUGUGGACAAAGAAGGGCUAUGACCUGGCUUUCCGCUUCUGCUCCUGCCGCUGCGGGCAGGGCCACUUAAAGAAGGACACGGACUGGUACCAGGUGAAGCGGAUGCAGGACGAGAAGAAGAAGAAGUCUGGCUCAGAGAAGAACACAGGGAGGCCCCCGGGCGAGGCUGCAGAGGAGGCCAAAAAGUGCAGGCCCCCGAGUAAGCCCCAGAAAGGCCCGAGCCACGACCUGCCCCGGCGCCAUUCCAUGGACCGGCAGAACUCCCAGGAGAAGGCGGGCGGUGCCACGGCCUACGGCGCCCGCUCUCCUUGCGGCUCCCCAGGCCAGUCCCCACCCACCGGCUACUCCAUCCUUUCCCCCGCCCACUUCAGUGGCCCCCGUUCCUCAAGGUAUCUUGGGGAGUUCUUAAAGAACGCCAUCCAUCUGGAGCCUCACAAGAAGGCCCUGGCAGGGAGCCAUGUGUUCAGAAAUGCCCACUUUGAUUACAGCCCAGCUGGGCUGUCAGUUCACAGGGGGGGACACUUUGACGCCCCUGUGCAGUUCCUGCGGCGGCUGGACCUCUCUGAGCUCCUCGCUCACAUCCCCAGGCAUAAGUUGAACACUUUCCACGUGCGAAUGGAAGACGACGCCCAAGUGGGCCAGGGGGAGGAUCUGCGGAAGUUCAUUCUCGCCGCCCUCAGUGCCAGCCACAGGAACGUGGUGAACUGCGCUCUGUGCCACCGGGCGCUCCCGGUGUUCGAACAGUUCCCGCUGGUGGAUGGAACUCUGUUCUUAAGCCCCUCGAGACACGAUGAGAUCGAGUAUGAUGUUCCUUGUCACCUUCAAGGGAGACUCAUGCAUCUAUAUGCGGUAUGCGUGGACUGCCUGGAAGGGGUUCACAAGAUCAUCUGCAUCAAGUGUAAGUCGCGGUGGGAUGGUAGCUGGCACCAGCUGGGCACCAUGUACACCUACGACAUCCUGGCUGCCUCUCCGUGCUGUCAGGCCCGCCUGAACUGUAAGCACUGUGGGAAGCCGGUGAUCGACGUGCGGAUCGGGAUGCAGUACUUCUCCGAGUAUAGCAACGUCCAGCAGUGUCCACACUGUGGGAACCUGGACUACCAUUUCGUGAAGCCAUUUUCCUCCUUCAAAGUUCUUGAAGCUUAUUGAUGAAAGCUUUGCUUUAGUAAUAGCUAUUUUAUUGAUAUUAUUACUUUAUUACAUAUCUUUUAUAGGGAAACAUUCUGUGACAUUAAUUUCUUUUCUAAAUUAAAGGAGGGUUACUUUGUGUAUGUGCGCCACUAAAAUGGGGGCUGCCCCUCGCCCUGUCUUGAUUCCUGAGUGUUAGUCUGUGGUUAUGACCAGAGCCCAGGUGGGUAAUCUUGUGAGCUUGGUUAGGGGCUCACCCUCACUACGAGUCUCUGAUGCAGCUUUAAAUGUUGGGGAGUAUGGCAUGAGUUUAGGAGAGGAUUAUGUGGUUGUAAACUGAAAGUGUGAUUGGAGUUAGAAGGAAACUCUUACUAAAAUCUUAACUUUCUGAAGACCCGCUUUUAGAUCUUCCCUGGGCCUUGGAAAAGAAUAUGUGACAAGUGAAUGUAAUUCUGCCUGGAGAACAAAUAGUGUAUUAUGUCUGUUUAUCUCAGCUUCUGUCCCGAGUACAGCUGACAUGCAGUUUACUCGCACCAGUAGGUGGUUUGAAAUGGGCAUACGUGCUGUUUCCAUCACUGUUGUAAUUUAACAGUCAAUUUUUAUACUGAAAAUAAUAUCCCAAUUUUAGGACCUAUGUGUAUUAAAGCUAUUGGUAUUCCAAAUAUUUUUAGGUAGCUGACAUAACAGAGAAUAUGUGAAAUGAAUUCGGAAUUCAUACAUAUUGACUUGAGGGCACAAAGGUAGAAUUCUCUCAUUUGAAUUGUGUCUUUGAAGUUCCUCAAACUAGCACUUAAAGAGGAUCCAUAAAUAACAUGAUUUGGACGGUGAUGAUUUAUACAAGUUUCAUUCUCUAAGUGCCAUUUGGUGUCAGAUUCUUCUUAUAGGUAAAUUACACAGGCACAGAAUCUAAUUGGUGAGUUUCAGAACCAAGUAUUGACAUGCUUAUUGUCCCCAAAAUUUCUUAUGUCCACCUUUAACCUAUUAGAUACUGAGUUUCCAAAAUCAAAGAUUUGACCUUAGGAGAGAGAACAAACAUUUGAGAGGAUGAUGAAGAAAAGAAUAAUCUUAAUAUUACUUUUUAAAAUGUGUUUUAUUUUGGCAAAUCACUGAUUAUAAUGCAGAACAGCAUAUUUGAAAAUUAGACCAUUCUAAAGAUCCCAUGAUACCUGACAGUUGGUGAAAAAAAGAUUAUGAUACAUACAGCUUGAUUAGUCAGAACAUUUGGCAUCUAAAAUACUACCUUUUCUUCAUUAGAAGUUAAUACUGUAGGCUGAUAUUCUCUACCCGUUCAGAAAUGAAAUAUGAUUUCUCAAAAUUAAGCUUGAUAAUUUCAUGUAUAGUAUGCAUAUGUUUCAGCAUAAAGGAAUGCUGAAAACAUAGUCACUCUAUGGAUAGCCAAAUUUGGAGUUGAUGGUGAACAUUUUAUGUUUCUUAUUGGUAUAUACCUUUUUUUCCUCAGUGGGGUUUUCAUUUCAGAAGCGUUUAGGCAUUAUUGCAAAUGGGUUUCAGUUCUAUAUGAAAUAUUUGAUGUUUUGUUUGAAACAGCACAGCAUUAAAGAACCAAUGCAUUAACUAAUAUUUUUCAUCUUUCAGUUUGGAAGAUUGUUAUUUGGUUUGCUGCAUCUAGUUUGGUGUUUGAUGAUCUGCAAAAUGUUUCACAGUGGGGGAAAAUGAACAAAAUGCCAAUAAGAAGCAGGAAAUCGUUGUGGUUUUGAUAGUGUUUGCUGGAACUAAAAGAUAACUCUUGCAAAUUUGUCUUUAAGACACAAAGUUGUGAUAGCAAAUUAACUGUUUCCCUAUUGAUUCUCUAAUGUAUCCCAAGUCUAAAAAUUGGUAAGUUUCUCUUGUUUUCAGAAUACCAUGUAGAUUUUAUUUCUGAAUUUAAAAUAAAUGGUAAAGUAUUUGUAAUGCUGGUCUUCAACCCACCUAAAUUUUUGUAGUGAAACCUGCUUUAUAUCAUUGUUCUAAAGCUAAAAGUUGACCUCUACAUUAUAUUCAGUGAGCUCCUGAAGUUAAAACUGCUGUGGGCAUAGUGUAUGCUGCAAUUCAUAUUUUCUUUUUAGAUGGUUUCCUACCUCCCUACAAAAUAAGUAUGAUGAGGUUUCAUUAUAAUUGGGUAAAAUUGCUUCUGGACAUUAUUUUGAUGAUAGGAUUCUAUGGAUAUAUGCAGUAUGUAAAAAAAGAAGCCUGAGUAUCGUACCUGAGAAUAUCUAUUGUCUUUAAGGUAAUUCAUUCUUAUGUAAAAGGGAAAAUUUAUCUGAUUGGGAAUAAAAUGAAGUGGAGUGGGCAGCAGUAUACAGGUAAAUCUUAUUUUGGAAAUCUGCUGACUUCAAUACCCCACACUU